CGCCGCUCCGCAUUGACUUCAAUGCAAGUCAACGCAUCAUCACUCAUGACUGACACUGGACCAACGACUCUUUGCAUCGCUAACAAUUCCUGAUUCGAAUUUUCUGCUCAUUCAGUACUUCUCGUCACGUUGGCUGUCAUACGUCCACGCCAAUGGACAACGCCGAUUCUUCAUACCAUGUCGACUGUUGUCCUCCUCUCCUCCUCGCCACCCACAGCUUUCGCUCCCUCCCUCACCCCUCACGAUUGUAGUCUAUACUCACUACCUUCUUCACCUGCUCUUGAAAAAUCUCCAACUACCGGAUCACUGCGUUUCAGACCGGCAGGCAAGAAACGGGAUGGCUUCUCACCCGACAUACGUCCCCAACGAACCGCCUUGAGCACAAAGAUUGGUGCAGAGAACGUUGCCUUCCCAUCUCCCUCUCGAGGCAAAUUUAGACCCGUCAGCUCGAACCCGACGCCUUCGCUCUGUUCGCCUCGGACCAGACGAUUCAAAGAGCCACAUGACAACUUCUCAUCCUUGCAACCCAAUAUCCCCUCAAAACACUUUCUUGCUCCAGACCAUACCACAACAAACAAGACGGUCUUGACAGAGGUCGAAGCUGCCAAUGACGACGGCGAGCCGACAUACAACCCGACUGAAAGCCCUACACGGAUUGAGAGAGCCAUACACAGGAAACUUGACUGGACCCCUUCGAAGAACCGCGACGCCACUGAACUUGGGCUCGAGCCAAGCACCGUCGGCUUUCCUACCUCUCUAAUGCAAAGUUUUGCUUUUGAAGUUGAUGCGGCGGAUUCAAGACCAGAACUGGACGGCGCUGUCGAACCCACCAGGCGAAGCCGCAUCGACCUAGUCCACAUCGCUGAAACGCAUACUCGUCUGACUGCGAACCAUCUUGGACAUUCAACCAGCAAACCAAGUCUGGAAUUUGCCUCUAAAAAAUCAAAGUCUCCCACAAGGAAGACUGUUACAAUCACCAGCCGAGCAACAACAUUGUACGAGGAGGAGUAUCUCAAUCUUCCCCCCAAAGCACCACUUCUGGAAUAUUUGAGCGCAACACAACCCCGUGGCACUGACACUGCUCAUGAUCCCAAAUCUGAGCAAUCAACUAAAGCAAAAAGGAAGCCCAAGAUUACCGCCAAACCCAAUCGUGCCUCCAAAAAAUCUAUCCCAAAAAGCCGGCUGGUCUCUCCCAGAUCUGUCAUGAAAUCCCUGGCCGAACAGGAUAUGAUCUUCGGUUCGGCUAGCCAACUUGCCCGCGAAGAUUCUCCUACCCUUCUCCGAGAUACCAUAGAGGCCUUCAAACGUUCAGAAAUGUUUUUGUCGUCAGACCCAAUCUCCCCUCAACGCACUCAACCUGAUUCAGUUGACGCCGUCUCUCCUCGGGCGACCAGAGGCACAAGCAGAUUCGUGAAGCGAAGAAAUCUGUGGAGCGCUGCAGGAAGAGACGAAGACAACGCGCUUCUGCAUGUCGACACAAUCGAUCUGAGUGACUCGCCAGCUGUCCGCUUAGCCCUGGCGGGGAAAGACGCUUUGACACAUCCAAGCGAGCCCACCACGACAGUGAGACUCUCCGCUCAGACACCAUUGGCUCAUAAAGCAAAGAAAUCCACAAACGUGAUGGCCACCACCAUUCCUGCAGCAUCUACAGGUACUGUUUCGCCUGCCAAGAUCCAAGCACGGUCACUUCAUACAGCGGCGGCGAAGAGAUCACCGCCUAGAGUCGGGGACGCUUGCCUGGUCGGCGAGGGAGAGGAUGUUCAGGCGACAUCCAGUCCUAGUAGGAAGAAGGCUCCUCGCAAACCGAACAAAGAUUUUGUAAAGCCAUCUUAUGCCGGAUUUACAGAUUUUGCUCUUCGAAAGCAGCUCUCUGCUUAUGGGUUCAAACCCGUGAAAAAGCGUGAGAAAAUGAUCGAGCUACUGGAUCGAUGUUGGGAAGAUAAGCAUGGGUCUUCUGAGACGCGUGAAGACCCUGCGACCGCAGCAGAAGAAGAGUCUGAGGCGGGCAGUAGGGCUCACGGUGAAUUCCUUAGCAAUGUCCACGGUGUUGCUGCGAGACCUCAGCCAAAAGUCAAGAAACCACGCGCGAAACGAAAAUCCGAAGGCGACGAUACCAUCACAGCAAAAGAACCGAAGAAAAGGAAAAAAGCAGAACCCAAGGCUAAGGUUUCGAAACCAAAGACACCCAAGAAGAAAGCAGCAACCAAGGCCACAAAGCCUUCCACCGGACGGAAGGUAAAUACGACUGCCCUCUCGGAGGAAUUUGUUCUCGAUGUCAGCAGUGAUAUUGAAGACUCGGCCAUUGAAGACAGCAGAACAGACCCAGUCGAACAAUCGUCCAAGACAGACCAGCAGUCUGACCCUGAGCCGAAAUCGAAAUCGAAAUCGAAAUCGAAACCCAAGACUCAGAAGCCAUCAAAGCAGGAGGAGGAAAUACCUACCAUGCCGACGCCAUUGCCAAUCCUAGAACUGUCCUCAUCCCCACUGCCUGGACUACAUGACAAACCACCCGGCAAAUUAGCUGAAUCAGGGCUCACGGACGCAAGCCUUUUCACCACUGCGACCACAGGUAUUGACCCGUCAAUCGAUUCCGAGUCUCGUCCACUGCCAGACCUGCAAUCGCAAAUCCGGGCUGCCAUAAUGUCAAGCCAAGACCCAGCCACGUCGAAACGCGGAGGAUCCAUGCCCACCCCGACGUGGCGCGAGAAGAUUCUGAUGUAUGACCCGAUUGUUCUUGAGGAUCUUACUGCCUGGUUAAACACGACGGGUCUGGGCGCCAUCCACGAGGACCGCGAGGUCAGUGCCCUCGAGGUUCGAGAAUGGUGUGAACGUAACGGUGUGUGUUGCUAUGGCAUUGGUGGUGGUUGGAGAGGGAAUCACGGUAUUAACAAUACCAACAACAGUGGCAAUAAAGAUGGCUCUAAGAGAACUGUGUAG